AUGGAACCCAAGAUCAACCUGCUGAGACAAGACGAGCAGUGCUGCCCCGCCAUCUGCCUGGCGGUCAAUUGCCCUCACAACGGGCUGACCAACGACACGUGGUACCCGCCGCUGAACAGGGUCAGAGAGGAUAUGAACAGCACCGCGGGAGACCGGUUCAUCGCCUACAUCAUGAGCUGCCUCUGUGGGCCCUUACAAGGCAAAGAGUUUGUCAUCAAGGUCGCGGCGCUUCUGGCGUGCCUGAAAGUCCGGGAGUCACCAGAUGAAGGUGACGACGGCCCGUCGGACAAUAGGACCAACCUGUUGUUCGAGUUUGAUAAGGCACUGAACUUUGACUUUGGAGACAUGCCCAUUGCCAUCAAAGUGCUGGAGCAGGUCUUGAUGCUUGCCGCUCGCAUCUGGGAAAUCGAUGCGCCGGAAGACGCUGUUCACCCCGGGAUCUUACCGGCGACUUUCGACCUCUGCGACGAUUCAGUGUCAAGAAAUAUGCUCAACAUGCACUGCUGCGUGCGAAUCUUGUUUCCCGACACCCAUGAGUCGACCAUGCACCGGACACGGGCAGUCUUCCAGAUGAGCUCUGCAGACCCGGCCGAGCUACUCCUCGACACGCUCAGCGACGACGAGCUGGAGUCGGCGGGCCACCCCAUGUGUGACGUGGAUGAUGAUAUGUUCAACGACGAGGACGACGAGCCUUCCCGUUCUGACAUUGAACCUGGCGAAGGCUCAGACCUGUCGGAUACGGGGCGGUUAGACGACGAGCACGGCGGUGCCGAAUCCGAUUUUGUGGAGGGCUCAGACGUGUCGGAUGAAAGCUAUGCGUCUGACGCAGAAGAUGACAGCGACACAGAGUAG